CAUCAUGGAGGAGAUGUUGCUCCUUUUCUGUGGAGCUUCUUUCUAUUCAUCUUCCUUUUUUAUCACAAAACAGACUUUGCUAUGUUUAUUUAGAAAGAAACUCACUGAUGCAGAUGUUGUUGCAAUAAGCGAAAAGAUUGUAAAUGGCAUACAUGGUGUGGUGGCUGUUAUCAUUGGUGCUAUCAUAUCCUCCCAGUGUAAAGACGACAUCUUAUAUAGCAGUUAUUGGCUGACCAAUGCGUUUACCUGGUUUGGAAUGCCCUACUUUAUCUAUGACCUGGUAGUGAUGUACCUUGGUCACCUGUUGAUCUUUCCUGCUAUACAGAAACAAUCAUUUGUGGAUAGAAUUCAACACUUUGUCCUCCACAACAAACUACUUACCCUCCAUCAUGUCAUGUUACCGAUUAUAUUUACUCCAGUUAUCUUGAUUUUCCGUAGAGGCUUAGGAGAUUUUUUCGUUGGUGUGUUCUUUCAAGUGGAACUUACUCUCCCAUUUAUAGCAGCGCGGAACAUCAUGGUUCAGCUCCAGCUGAAGGACACUGUCCUUUAUGUGGUUGUGGGUAUUGCAAUGAUUAUAGCGUUCUUUGUGAGUCGGAUCCUGGUAUUUCCCUACCUGUACUGGAGGUAUGCAAUCUACAAGAACAUAACACCAUGGCUUGUGCCCUUCUCUAUUCCACACAAGUGUACUGCUGGCUGUGCUUUCAUCCUCUGCCUUCAGCUCUACUGGAUGUCCAAGAUGCUAAAAGGUGCUGUCAAGCUUUUCCACAAGUUGAUGCUAGGUAAACGACCCACCGCUGAAAAGAUUAGCUGCAAUGGUUUUGCCAGUAAGAUGAGUUGAUUUAGAACAUCACUCUUUUUAUGUAAAGCAGAAACAGUUGAGUUAAUUACUACUUUCAAAGUACUUGUAGGGGAAAAAUAGUGUUUUACAUUUUGAUCAAAAUAGUUCUAGGUUCAUCCGUACGUAUUUCGAUACAAAGUAUUUCUUUGAAGGAAAUGAUUUUUUGAUAACAAUGAUGAUUUAAAUUUUGAAAUCGCUAAAAUGUUUUUGUUAAAAUAUGUAUUCAAUGUGCUGCAAAAGACUUUCUCGGAAGAAAUUUACUAGUCCUUCAUUAAUAUGCACCAGAGUUGAUAUUCUUGACAUAUUGGACAUAUGAUACUCUCUGUUUUCUUUUAAUUUAAAGCAAUAAUAGCGUUAUUUAGAAAUACAGGCUAAUUUAAAUGACUGUGCUUAUUUAUAUUUAAUGAUCAAAUCGGCGACACUCACUGUCAGGGAACCCAAAACAGGACACUUUUCAGUUGAUGUAUUUUAUGCCAUUGUAUGCAUUCCAAAAAUAUUUGUUCAUAUUUCAUGUAUAUACACACUCAUCUUUUCUAUUGCACAUGGUUCUAUAAAUAGAAUGUCAAAUACUAUCAAAUAUUAUUUUGUUAUUUUGCCUAAUAUUGGG